AUGUUAAAUGUUCAGGUGACAGGAAACGGAGAUUCUUUGCAAUGUAGGAAGUCUCUCGAUACACUCGAGAAUGUGCCAAAUUGUCCAAAAGACAAGGAAGGAUGGAAUGAAAGAGCAAAACAAAAGAAUUGUGAAGCUCUUUCCCAUAAUUGCAGCGAGUUAAAAUAUCACUGCGUAUUAAAUGAACACGGGAAUGGAACUGUUGAAGUAUGUGCACCACCAAGAUUUUUACAAGGCUACUGUCCUUCAUUCAUCACAAGUACAUCUACGUUGUAUGACCACUACGGUAAAAAGUGUUCGGAUUUUCGCUAUAAUCCAUGUCCAGGACGAUACUCUUCAAAUGAAACGUACAAAUACCAAGAAUGCUACCAGUUUGCAGAAAAGCAACAUUUUACUACAGCAAGUGUCAAUACAAAGGGAACAACUACAAAACAUGUAACAGAGGAGCGGAAAGAAAGUGAAGUCUUCGUGGUCGAGUCCCCAGAUAGUACAAAACAUAUGGACAGACUGUCAUUUGUAAUAGCAAAGGACGCUGUCACUGUCGACCGUCGAUGUGAGAUUCUCUUUUAG